CAGAGGGUUCCCUCUCAAAUAUUCAUGUCAAUAUUUUCAACAAGUUACAACAUGCAACUCUGAUCCAGAGGGGGAAGUGUGAGCGACCUGUGAUCAACACUGGAUAAUUCGACUUCUUUCACCCGACAUGUGUGAUUAUCUCUUCAAAGCUGUAUACUGUUUCUGUGUCUUCCAGCUCGGCUUUUGUGAAAAAUGCUCAAAUGGCGUUUUGGGGAGAAGUCAGACAUUUUAUGCGCCUGAAGGGUCCAGCAUGACGCUGUCCUGUGUGGUCCAACACUGUGGAGAAAACUGGACUGGAAACUGGACGUAUAAAAAGUUAACAAAUGCAACAUCUGGCACUGUUGGGGAUGGGGGAAAGCAUCAUUUCAGCCAUUUGGCUCUGUCAAACAAUGAAACCCAGUUAAAUUUAACAAUUCGUAGUGUCGGUCAGUCAGAUGCUGGUUCUUAUAAAUGCAGUGUUAUCUGGGAGGAUGGGAGCAGGGAUGAAGGCCACUGGAUGCACCUGAAUGUCACGAAAGAGGUCCCCGUUCAGAGAAAUGCCUUGCACAGGUUUUUAAUCUGUGCUGGAGCUUUCUUUUGGCUUCCUGUUUUCCUGUUAUUGGCUCGUCGCCUGGGUUCAAAAGUCAAGCCUCACACACGCCCCAGAACACAGGUCAUAUAUGAAGUUGUACAGGAAGACAGAUCCCAUCAGCUUCCACAGCCUCUAACUCAGCGUCCUGUCCCAAAGAAACGCACCAAUCCCCCUCGCAAAGUGUCAUCAAAGCCACUGCCAAAGACUGAGUUAGUGUAUGCAGACAUUUCCCAGGAAACACUGAGGCAACAAAGAGCUAUGAGGGAGCCAGCUCAGUCCACUGUCUACUCAUCUGUCCACUUUUCCUCAGCCACUCACCAAAAAAACGAAGGAUCAGUAUAAAAAAAAAAGACGUUUGAGACGCUACCUGAUUGUGCGUUUUGCUCUUUAGCUAUACGUUUUCCCUGAAUAUCAAAACACAAAGUUAGCAGACAAGGUUUUUUUUAUUUAUUUAUUUUUGCUCUCUCUUAUGACAAUGGUGCGAUUAUUAAGGUGAAAUUUACACUAUAGUUAAUGAGUCAAAGUAAUAGUGCACCGGUCACUCAUUGAGCCACUCCUUACAUUUAAUAUCUCCUCAUGGUUUAACUUCCUUGCAGAAAAGAACAAGAAUAAAAUCUCCAGAAUCAAAGAGACGACUAAAUUUACCCUCAAAUGCAUUUCCUGGAACUCUACAGCCAUACAACUUCUACCUUCAGGUUUUACAGUACCUCUGACCAUGAAAAAAUAAUUAUUUUAGUCCCACCUUUUUAAAUAAAGGAACAAAAGUAGUAGAUUUGUAAAUAGUUGUAAGCAUACAGUUUUAUGCAAGGUUUUAGGUAUUGUGUGAUGGUGUCUGGGUUUUGGGUUUUAUGUGUGAUUUGUUUUAUGUUUCAAUGGCUGUGUUCAAAUUCAGGGGCUGUGUCCUUCGAAGGACCUGGCCUACCCAGUGGGCCGGGUCCUUGGUCGACCACGAAGACCAGUUUAGCCUUCUGCUUUAUUCCCACCCUUACCCUGACGAAUGUCCUGUGCUAAACAAGCAAAAAUAGAUCAAAAUGAGCAAAAUAUCAAUAUAUUAUUAAUAUUAUAAAAUAACUUAUUUAGCUUAAAAGGCAAUAUUUGAAGAACUAAGGGAUCCGCCGUACAUAUGUUAAUUUCAAUAUAUACCAGCCUGUUUGAUUUCUGACAAGAAUAUUAAAAAACACGUCUACGCAAUUGACAAAAAGCCUAAUAAUGCAACCACUUUAAACUUUCAAUUUUUAUACUGCCAGAUUUUUAGUUAAAACUGUACUCUUUUCUCUCAGUUCUUCCAAAAAGACAAAAAUCUCCGGUCGGCACACAAUGCAUUUUGGAAUAGACUGGCAGGGCUGAGAAGGAUCCACCGAACAUCAAAUCGGCAAAAAAGAAGGACGCAUUUGUGGGCCGCAAUCAGAGGAGUCUUCGAAUUUGGUUAGCCUCCGGCGCAGCACAAUUACGCAAGAGGACGACAGUUUUUGCCUUCUGAGGACCCAGUCACUGAAUUUGGACACAGCCAAUGAUGUCUGAGCCUCUGUCCUACUCAAAGAGACAUUUCUGUUACAACUUGURACAUUUUUUAUCUUUAAAUAUCUUCUAAGCUACACUGAGUAUUUUGCGAGAUAAACUUCUUCUGGAUCAUACCAGGUGAAUUGUUUUUUCUC